UUUCUGGAGGUUGUCAAGGAGACGCUUAGUCAACAAGCUACACCUACUCGCUCUCAGCGCAGUGUCAGGCAAAACAAUUAUAAGCUAACGUUAGCUUGUCAGACAUGAGUCAGUUCUUGGGCCGUCAGGACUGUAUCGAGAGCCUCCGAAAAGACCUCGUCGACCUUCAAGGGGCGAUUCUGGACGUAUUUUCUAGAACCGGGCCGGGUCGCUUUACCUCCUGGAAGUUCCCUGAUAAACUCUCCUGUAACCUGGACAUGGUAGCUCUACUGGAGCAAUAUGACUUUGUGGAUGGGGAGGAUGCAUUCAACCAGCACUCCCACAUUGUGUUACUGGAGCUGGUGAUCGACAGACUACUGCUCCUUCUACAAAGCUUCAAUAGUUAUGUUGAGCAAAUUAGGUGCAGCCACAGGAGCGAACAGAAAGGAUGCCUGUCAGUUGGUCUUGUAGUCAGAAACUAUUGGAGUAAUUUAGUUCAAUUCGCCAACCUGAAGGAGACCUUCCAUGACGUUAAGAAACAGACAAAAGCAAAGACAUGUGAUGAGACAGAGACAGUGGCAUCUGUCUCCCCCUAUAUGAGCUCAAAGUGUGACUCUUGCAGACACUGCUUAUCUGCCCAGUCUUCCAAAAGCUCGUUCAAGCAUUUGCCACAGAAUCAUAUACCCUCCAGUCCUACCCACAACACCCCAUGUCACCUUAAAGUCGACAGCCACAAUGUAAGCUGCCAGACAUUUGAAUCAUCCCUUGUUCCCUGCGACGCAUGUCAUGAAGUGCAAUCCAUUUUGAGAGUAACAGGAGAUGCUUUGAUAGAGCUGUUUCAGAGUGAGGGCCUGCCCUCAUCUCUGCAGCCACUCUUAGUAGCUGUGAAGGACACGCUGGAGCUGGGACAUAUGACAGCAGGCGAUGUCUCCCAGUGGGCCAAUGAGCAGCUCCGAGACAUGCGCCGGCUUGCAAAGCAUCUUCAAGAUGUGCGGGGUACUGUGCAGCCUCUUAAAGAUAGACUAGUGGCAGCAGAAACAGAGAGGGAGAGAUUCAGGUCUCAGUUGGCAAAAGCGCAGAAAGAGUUCAAGCAAGAGAUGGAAAAACACCAAGCAAACAUAGUCCAGCUGGAGUUUUCCCUGCGGAAAGCACAGAGAUCCGUGAAAGAAACAGAGCAAAGGCUGCAAAAGGAGCAACAACAGCUGAAGAGAGAAACUCUGUGCUUGGAGGAGAGUAAUUCCAGACUGAAAGAGAAUGUGGCAGUACAACAAGAUACGUUACAAACACUUGAAUGUGAAAAGAAUUUGCUGCAGGAGAAAGUGAGGGCCUUGCAUGUAGAGGAAGAGGCCUGUUGUAAACUACAGCAAAAGAUCCAGCAGUUGGAGAGUCAAGUCUCUGAAACUCAGCUCCGUCUUGACAAAGAGAAUGCCAAGUAUCACAGCGCUUGUCGCCAGCAGGAGUCAAUGCAGGCAAAGCAGAAAUCUUUGCUAAAGAGAGUUGAUGGUCUUGACGAAGAGUGCGAGGAGCUGCAGAGGCAGUUGGGAGAGAGGGAGGAGAGACAGAUCGACCUACACAAACAGCUGCAAGAGAUGUCAGAGGAGAAGGAACAAGUGCAGGCUCAGCUCACCCAACAGCAGGACCUGUGUUUCGAGCUCCAGAAGGAGAAGCAGACACUAGAAAUACACGUAGGCGAGCUAAAGAACAGUGUGGCUGAGCUGCAGGAAUAUGUGCAAGCUCUAAGGGAGAGGGAGAGGCUGCUGGUGGCUUUCCCGGAGCUCAGCCCUCUGGUUCAAGCCCAACCACAGACUACGGGAAACGUGCUUUUGGAUAUGGAGCAACAAUUCCGGGCAAAUAACGUUCGUAUAGAAGUUCUGGAGAAGGAAAACACCACCCUGCACACCAGCCUCAUGAAACUGAGGGACAGAGUACAAAAUAAUGCAACCAGGGAAGCCUCACCUCAGGAGACAUGGAGCUUCUCUGUGCCCAGCACAACAGUAGAAAACCCACAAAAUGACCUGACACAAUUGCAGAAGAGUCAUUUGCAGAGCAGCAGUGCAACAUGGCUAGGAUACAGUAACAGAGGGAAGGAAGUAAGAUCAGGGGAAAGUGGUCUGGAGUCAACUGGGUCAGAGGAUCGUGUGUCCACUGCCACUGCUUCCCCCUCGUCCCUGCAACUUCACCUUAAAACCCUCCACCUCAACACAGGCUCCACUGCUGCUAAAAGCCACACAAAAACACGCAGUGGUUCUCUCCUCUCUCAUUCCAGAGGCUUGAUUCAGAGGAAAAAAUGAAACACUGAAUGCGUAAAUUCAUUUAAAUAGUCUUGCAGCGGGAGAGAGAAAGAACACAGCGUUGUAUGAGGAAUCUUUGGCAACAACUACGUGUCACAAGUCACAAGUCACAUUCCCUACAUCAAUAUGCCAUGAUGUCUAAUUGUACAUUAGACCACACUAACACAAAUGUUUUAUUUUUUAUUUUUCAUUGUUAUUAUGUACACAGUUACGGCUACAUCUCUUAUUACGUUAAGUUGAAUAUAUCUAAUAAACGUUCUGUGGAUUAAUAGAAUAGUUUAAUAGUUCUGCAUCAAUGGACAGUUUGUACAACCUUGAAUGUCACACAAACAAUGACAGAGACAGAUAUGGCGAUAGCUUCCAAAUGCUAUUUGACAAAGGGUGGGGAGUGGGAGUUUCUAUGGAAACACAAGUGCUCACAGGAUUCAUGCUCUGCUGAAUCAUCCCUACAGGCCUUUGUAUCAAAGUCCCUCCAUGAUAGCCUGUCAGUAAAUCCUUGAGAUGAAGACUGCACAUACUGUAGAGCAUUGUGAGUUAACGCCUCGUUUUUUUAUUUGCACCACACGUCACGAGGCUUGUUGUGCAGCGGUAAUUUGAGAUGCCAUGAGCUCAGUUGUGUAAUCUGAGUCUAAAAGGGAGCCCAAGGGAAUUGACUUGUGUCAGAGCUGAGUAAAACAAACAAAGUGUAUUAUUUGUUCUUGUAUCUGACUUUACAUAAACCUGACAGAUAGUGAAAAUCCUAUAAUAAUCUAAUAUUAGCAAACACCUACUUAACAUUACUAGUCGACUUUGUGUCAACACUCUCUGAUCUCUCACUAAUAUUACCUCAAUGAACACCUGAUCUCUCAUUUCAUCCACAUAAAUGAAAGCUCAUGACCUGAGAGUUAAUCCCUAAAGUGGGUUAACUAUACAGUUGUGUCAUCAAGCAUGUAAUUGCAGUUAGUCUUAAACUUGUUUACCCAGUCCACAGGUGCAAGUGAAUAUUAUAGGAUAGAGGGUAUGCUGUACAGAUUGUAAAGACCCUUGAGGCAAAUGUAUGAUCUGUGAUAUUGGGCUAUAUAGCUACAAUUGACUUGACUACAAAAAAUAAUAAUUUGCUAAAUUUUUGAUUACGAUAAAAUAAACAAUGUAAGUACAGAACAUUUUAAAUCAUUAAAAUGACUAAAUAAUAUUGGUUUCUUAUUUUGCAACAAGUCAUGUAUAAAUCAUGGUAUAAAUGCCUAGAUGGCAUCAGACAGGUGUAUGAGACAAAAUAUGUAGCAGUUUACCAGAUGAUAUGAGAUACUUUGAAUCUUUUACUUUCAAAAAACAGGUGUAAACAUUUUUUUAUUAAAGGAAAGAGAAAGAAAUGUGUGAAUGUACUUAAUAAUACAAUGUAGUAAAAAUGUAAAAAAAUUUUACGAGUAAUAAUUCAAUCUGCACAUUGGUGUAAUGUAGCAGGGAUACAGCAGUCUUGUUGUUAUCAUGAGGCCACAGCCACUCUGAAUUAAUUAAACUUUUAGUGUUUUUA